CCAGCUGUUCACUUCAGUGGCGGCUGACAAAACAGCAUCGCUACACAUCAGGGUCCAAGCUGUCAUAAACAUUGUGAAUCCGAUCGAUAUACAGUUGCUCUCUCACAAUCAUAUCACUAACGACACGAAGCAACCAUGGCACCUUUACGACACAUUCUAACCGCUUCUCUGGCCGUCUUCGGCGCCUCAGCAUCCGCCGUCCUGGACCUGAUCCCAUCCAACUUCGACGAUGUAGUCCUCAAGUCCGGAAAGCCCGCACUCGUCGAGUUCUUCGCACCAUGGUGCGGUCACUGCAAGAACCUCGCACCCGUGUACGAAGAGCUUGCCACCAACUUCGAGUUCGCCAAGGACAAGGUCACCAUCGCCAAGGUCGACGCCGAUGCUGAGAAGGAAUUGGGCCGACGGUUCGGCGUCCAGGGUUUCCCUACGUUGAAGUGGUUCGAUGGCAAGAGCGACACACCUGUGGAUUACAGCAGUGGACGAGAUAUCGACAGCCUGACCAAGUUCGUCCUUGACAAGACUGGCAUCAAGCCGAAGGCGGUGAAGAAGGAUGCCGUACAGAGCCCGGUUGAGAUGCUGAACGACAAGACGUUCACGGAGAAGAUUGGCGGGGACAAGGAUGCUUUGGUUGCAUUCACUGCACCAUGGUGUGGACACUGCAAAACUCUAGCGCCGACGUGGGAGAAGCUUGCCUCGGACUUCGCCGCCGAGACUGGCGUUCUGAUUGCCAAAGUCGACUGUGAGGCAGAGAAUGCCAAGGCUACUGCUCAGGAAGCGGGCAUCAAGUCUUACCCUACCAUCAAGUACUACCCGAAGGGCAGCAAGGAGGCCAUCUCGUACGAAGGCGGCCGCUCCGAGGGCGCUCUUGUCACGUUUAUGAACGAGAAAGCUGGUACCCACCGCACCAUUGGCGGCGGCCUCGACGCGCUGGCCGGCACAGUCCCCAGCCUCAAUGAUCUGGUCAAGACGCUCAAGAGCGGCGGCGAUGCUGCCUACAAGGAGUUCGAGAAGGCUGCCGCGGCGGUGCAAGGUAAGUACGGGGAGUACUACUCUAAGGUGGCGAAGAAGAUGGCGGACAACCAAGGCUACGCUGAGAAGGAGUGGACGAGACUGCAGGGACUGCUGCAGAAGGGCGGCUUGGCGCCAGAGAAGAUGGACGACCUUACGAGCAGGAGCAAUAUCCUGAGCAUUUUCCGGGGUGGUGACGAUAUUGAGGACGAGCCGAAGGAGGAGCUCUAAACGGGAUGGCCAUACUAUACUUGAUGUAUUUCCCUUGCGACGGCCGCUGGGAAGGCUUCUGCAGUGGGUAUGUGUUGACUUUUCCCAAGGUCAUGGGCGUUG